AUGGUCGGCCUCUUCUUCCAGUGCCGCAUGCUGUUCAUCAUUGUCGUGCUGUGCUUGCUAUUCUUCCACUUCUCCUCGGGCGUGUGCGUUAGGUCGUACAUGCAGAGACGGAGGUGGCGUUUGUCAUGGCAGGAUUGGGCAUUAUGUGAGUGCGUGUGCAUGGUCUUCCACAUCUUAGUUUUCUGCGUGAGGUUCGUCAGCAGAUCAACUUUUUGUACAUCUUUGACGGGGCGGGCUUGGUAUUCCUCCACUUCUUCCAUGGCGGGAGCGUUCGUUCGUACAUGCAGGGGGCAAGGCGGCACUUCAUUAGAGUCAUCGGCUACCACGCGGCACUUCACUAUAGUCAUCGGCCACCGUAUGGUCUUCUGUUGUGUGCAGUGUAACUUUUUGUACACCGUUGGCGUCUUGUGCUUGCCCUUCCAUGGCGGGAGCGUUAGUUCGUACAUGCGUGGGGCAAGGCGGCACUUCAUGAGAGUCAUCGGCUACCACACGGCACUUCAUUAUCGUCAUCGGCUCCCGUAUGGUCUUCUGUUGUGCGCAGUGUAA